CACUGCGCCGUAGUAAAAACAUUUAGGUGUUGUGUUGGCAUACAAAAUUUCAGUGCAAAAAAAAUAAUGAAUUCCUGCAAAAAUCGCGAAAAAUACUAAUCGAUUUUGUUCCCGUAACGUGCGAAAAUGUCCUGGCUAAACUUCAACGAAAGUUUGAAUACGAUAAAGGGGCAACUCACGAAUUUGGCGAGUGGCGUUUUGGCCGAAGGCAUCGUCGGCAAUUCAGAGAACGAUCCGAGGAAAGACUUCGAAAUUAACGACUGCAACGUGAGGCAAAACGCGGCACAGAAUGAAAACCACUGGUCUUGGGACGCUUCCAGCAACGAAUCGACCAGUAAACGCGACACCACCCUCGUCCAGGAUCUGCGCAACAAAGUUGAUCUUCUCGAAAAUGAGAAAAAGGAGCUGGUCCAUAGUCUGGAGCAGCUCGACGUUGAUCAUCAGCAGACCACGGCGGAAUUGGUCGCGCUAAGGGAUAACCUUCAGAAGAGGCACGACGAGCUGUCGGCGGAUUUCGAGAGGUUAAAAAGGGAAUACGGGGAGGUGCUGACGGAAAAUAUGGAAAAAACUAAGCAAAUCGAGCUGAUAAGGAACGGCGAAGCCAGGGAGGGCGAUUUGGACUCGGCAAAGCUUCAAGCUGAGUGUCACACGAUUAGGGAGAGUUACCGUAAGGUCGAGAAGGAGAACGAGGAGUUACUGGCGAAGUUGAGCGGCACCACCCGAAUUUCUCGCGAGACAGAUCGGAGGACGUGGGAAAAAUUUAAAGGGGAGAAAAACGCCAUACGGAGCAUGCUGGCGAAGGUGAAGGAAGACUUCUUGUCACUUACCGAAGAUGUUCGCGGUAUUUCCGAGGUGCAGCGAUCGUUGCAAAGAUUUCAACGUUGCCAAAAUGUCGAAAAUUCGAAAAGGCACGUCAAAUAUCUGGGAAUAAUCACAGAGUGUUUGGAAAAGUACACCAGCGUCGAUCCGGCGUCCGCGCUUUCUUCAAUUAUCACCGGCGAAGAUCCGCAAAUCGUCGAGUUCGCUAACGAGGUCGAAAAUCUCCUAAAGCUCCUCAUUGACUUCAAAUCGAAAACCGAGUCCCUCGAGGAGGAGAUUUGCGGAAUUACUAGGGAGAAAUCGAAGGUGGUCAACGAGAAAAAUUUCGAAAUCGAAAAGCUUCUCCAAAACUCCGAGAUACUCAGUCAGGAGGUGAUCGCGAAGACGCAAGCGCUUAAGGACUACGAGACCGAGUGCAACGAGCUUAUGAAGAACAAUGACUUGCUCAUUCUCGAGCUGGAGAACUUCAAAAACAGCCGGCUGCAGACCAUUUCCGAAACGAACGAGGAAAACAUGCUACUGAUGGAAUCGCAGCUUGAGAACGCGAACAAGAAGAUCGAAGACAUGGAGUUGAUUAUAACCGAUUUGGAGACCUCCAAGCAGGAGACCAAUGAGGAGGUGCAAACGGAACUCGACUACAUUAAGCGCCAACUGAAUAUCACCGGGCAGGAGCUUAGCGAAACUAAGACCGACCACCAAGAGUUAAAGAUCCAGUGUAGCCGUUUGGAAGAAGAAAAACAGUCUCUGAAGCAAGCUUUGGACAAGGCGAGGGUGGAUUACGAAAACAUGGAGUACAAGUGUAAUGAGGCGUUCGUCGCCUUGGAAAGUGUGAGGGAAGAAAAUGAAGAAUUGAAACGAAGCACUGGCGAAGAUAAGGUCGAACAGUUUGAAGCCGUGGUGAGCGAGCAACGCGAUCGGUUGUCAGCACUGGAAGAGCUUACCAAGGAGCAGGCGAACGAAAUUCAAAGUUACACGGAGCGUUUGCAAAGAGCCAAAAUAACCGAAACCGGCGCGAAACUGCAAAUCGACACCAUGGGGAAGGAGCUCCAAAGCUCGCAGGAGGCCAGGCGGAUGCUCGAGGAGAAGCUCGACCAUUUACAGCGGGAGUACACUGCCGCCGUGGAGGAGCGGUCGACGCGCGAAGAGCUGCAGAACCACGUCGCGCUUUUGGAAUCGCAGCUCGAACAAUCGUCAGCGGCGCGCAACGAACUCGCCCAGUUGCUCACGCAGAAGCACGACGAAAACGUGCGAUAUCACGCGGAGAUCGAACGGCUCGCCUCCGAAACCGGACCGGAGCUCAUCGCCAACAAAGAUCGCGAAAUCGAAAAGUUAACGGACCAAAACAAUUUCCUGCGGGAGAAGUGCGAGGUCAUGGCCCAAAAUCUCCUCCAGGAGCAGGCGAACGUGAAAAAAAUCGUCGGCGAGCAAUCGUCCGCGUCGGCGCUCACUAAGGAGCUCGAACGAUUGCGCAUGCACCUCGUCGAAGUUGAGGAGAUGUACACCCAGGAGCUGGUGCAGGCCGAACAGAAGAACAAGGAGAUGCAGGCGAAGGUCAACGAGAUCGAGGCGCGCGAGAAGAAUUCGAAUUACGUCUACACGUCGGCGAAUAUUCGCGCCAACCAGCAGGUGGAGACGCUGCAAACGCAGCUGCAGCUCGUCGGCAAUCAGCGAGACGAGCUGAGGGUAAAAAUUUCAGAUAUCGAGGAUGAGAACAACAGGCACGUUGCCGCAUUGACGAACCUGCAGCUUGUCUUGGAGCAAUUUCAGAAAGAGAAGGAGAAAGACGUCUUCAACGAGACGGAAAGAAUUCGUCGGCAAAUAGUGCUGGAACAAAGGGUCCAAGACGCGCUGCGGGAAGAAAACGGCAAUCUAAGGGCGCAACUCGACGAGAGCAAGCAGGGCCUGCAGGCCGCCGCGCGUCUCACCGACCAACUGGAAAAAUCUAAAAAACACAUAAACGCCCUGAAGGAGGAAGUGGCGAAGCUCCAGGAGAAAUUGCAAGUGAGAGAUAGCAGCUACAGGGAGCUUCACGCUCAGGCCGACACCAAGAUCGAUAAGAGCUUGAUCAAGAAUCUAAUCAUAGGUUAUGUCUCGUCGAGCGCAAACGAUCAAAAGCAGAUCUUAAAAAUCAUCGCGACCGUCCUAGACUUUAACAAGAAGGAGAACGAGAAAGUCUUGCUGAGUAAACAGCAACAUUCCGGCUGGUUGGCCUCGAUUUUGAGCUCGAACGCGGCGGCUAACGACCAGAACCAGCAGUCGCUGUCCGCCGCGUUCGUCAGAUUUUUAGAGGACGAAUCGCGGCCGAAGGUUCUACCUAAUCUACUGGCGUCCAACCGCUCGGAGGCGAGCGGCAGCAGCGCGUCGAGCACGCCGCCUCCUAGCCAGUCGCCACUAAUUUUAAGCGAAGUGGUGUUGCCGACGUUUGUCGAUUUCGCCAAGAGCAGAAACUCGAGCGCGAUACUGAAGGACGUCCUUAAGGAUAAUACAUAAGGGGGCGUUCCCGUCCGGUUUGCCAAGACGAUUGUUAUUUUUUAUACAAAAGUUUUAAUAAUAUAAUUUAUUGUUGUAAAAAAGUAUUAAUGUAUAUAUGGAAAUAAAUAUUUUACAAUGUU